AUUAAAAAGUGUUUUGUAUAGACAUUGAAAAACAGAGUUGAAUUCGAUCUAAGAUCAGUAACGAAUCUUCCACUCCACAAAGACCAAUAAAUUAUUGUUUCUAUUCGUCUUUUAAAACGAUUUUCUCCCCUUGUUUUAGGAGGAAAAAACUCAGAAGGUCGGAAAAGAAAAUCUGAGAAAAUGAGAUCAGAUUUCUUUUCCGUUGUUCUUGUUCUAUGUUUUUUGGUCUUAAACAGCUUAGUGCUGUUCUGUAAUGGAGGAAUCACCAGUAAAUUUGUCAGAAAAGUGGAGAAAUCCAUUGAUAUGCCUCUUGAUAGCGAUGUGUUUCGUGUUCCUCAUGGAUAUAAUGCUCCUCAACAGGUGCACAUAACGCAAGGAGAUGUAGAAGGUAAAGCAGUGAUAGUGUCUUGGGUGACACAAUCAAAAGGAUCUAACACAGUCCUUUACUGGAAAGAGAACAGCUCCAAAAAGCUCAAAGCCCAUGGCAAAACCAACACUUACAAGUUCUACAAUUAUACUUCUCGUUACAUCCACCAUUGCACUAUCAGACACUUAGAGUAUGACUCUAAGUACUAUUAUGUGGUUGGUGUGGGAGAAACGGAGCGCAAGUUCUGGUUCUUCACUCCUCCUCAAGUCGGUCCAGACGUUCCUUACACGUUUGGUCUCAUUGGGGAUCUUGGACAGACUUUUGAUUCAAACAUAACAUUAACACAUUAUGAAAAUAGCCCAACAAAGGGGCAAGCGGUUUUGUUUGUUGGGGAUCUCUCAUACGCUGAUACUUAUCCAAAUCACGACAACAAUAGAUGGGACAGUUGGGGAAGAUUUGCUGAAAGAAGCACAGCUUAUCAGCCCUGGAUUUGGACCACAGGAAACCAUGAACUCGAUUUUGCCCCCGAGAUUGGAGAAACGAAGCCGUUUAAGCCAUUCACGCAUAGAUACCGUACUCCUUACCGAUCAUCAGGUAGCACAGAACCAUUUUGGUACUCGAUUAAGCGAGGACCAGCUUACAUAAUCGUGCUAGCUUCAUAUUCUGCAUAUGGUAAGUACACGCCGCAAUACACAUGGCUCGAAGAGGAGUUCCCAAAGGUUAACAGGAAAGAAACUCCAUGGUUGAUCGUUCUGAUGCAUUCACCGUGGUACAACAGCUACGAUUACCAUUACAUGGAAGGUGAAACCAUGAGAGUGAUGUAUGAACCGUGGUUCGUCAAGAACAAAGUAGAUGUUGUUUUUGCAGGUCACGUCCACGCCUACGAAAGAUCAGAACGCAUAUCAAACAUAGCCUACAAAGUGGUUAACGGCAUUUGCAGUCCAGCCAAAGACCAAUCUGCUCCAGUCUAUAUUACCAUUGGUGAUGGAGGAAAUAUUGAAGGAUUGGCUACCAAAAUGACUGAGCCUCAGCCUAAGUACUCUGCCUUCAGAGAAGCAAGCUUCGGACACGCUAUAUUCUCGAUAAAGAACAGGACGCACGCACACUAUGGAUGGCACAGGAACCAGGAUGGCUACGCCGUGGAAGCUGAUACCAUGUGGUUUUACAACAGAUUCUGGCAUCCUGUUGAUGAUUCUAGAAUCUAAUUGAUACUUGAGAAUCUUUAGAAUCUGAUUUGUAUUGUUGUAUACAUCUCUUAGAUUGAAUAACCAUAUGAAUAAAUGCAAUGUGGGAUGGCUCUUGUGCCUGCCCUUGUUAAACAAACGUUAUUCAGACAAGAACUUUUUGAUAAUGAAAACCUAAUGACUGAUGAAGUUCUUGAUAAU